AUGGCGUCGCCAGAGAUUUCUUUGUCAUGGACAGGUGUAUUUACUGUUGCGCCGCAGAACAAAACCCUCCCUGGAGACAAGAUACUUCUACCACAAUCGGCUCUCGAACAACUCCUUUCCGCAUCCACAAUUAUAGUCUCAGGCGCAAAUCGACCGAACGCCCCAGCUUUCGACCCUUUCAAUCCAUACUCUCUCGCUGCUGCACGCGCAGAGCAGUCAGAGUGGCGAGAUGCACAACAACAACUCCCACAUCCCCUCACCUUUCGACUGGUCAAUACGAAGAAUGGAAAUGUGGUACAUGCCGGUAUUCGCGAGUUCUCUGCAGACGAAGGAGAGGUAGUACUGAGCUCUUUCUUACUCGAGGCACUGGGCAUCACCGAACCUACGAAGUCAAAAGCUGCUAGUCGUGAGGGUUCACCAAAUGCGCCCAUUGACCUCACCAACGACGAACCAGAAGAAGAACCGACACGAAUUACAAUUCACGCGAAGCAACUACCAAAGGGCACAUAUGUUCGAUUACGACCGCUCGAAGCAGGAUACAACCCAGAAGAUUGGAAGUCUCUGCUGGAACGACAUCUGCGAGAGAACUUUACCACUCUCACCAAAGGCGAGAUCUUGACUGUGCGAGGAUCCAAGUCUGAAGAAUUCCGUUUCCUGAUCGACAAGUUUGCGCCCGAAGGCGAUGGCGUCUGCGUGGUGGAUACAGAUCUGGAGGUGGACAUCGAGGCAUUGAAUGAAGAACAGGCGAGGGAGACUCUCAAGCAAAUUAUGGCCAAGGCACAAAAGGCUCCAGGUGCUGCUGAAGGGAGCUCUGUUGGAGGCGAUUUAAGCAUUUGGAAGCCCAAUACUGGACAAGUCCUUGAUGGUGACUAUGUGGAUUAUCAGCUCGUUUCGUGGGACAAGACCCAGGGUAUAAAUAUCGAAUUGUUCGCUGAAGACAGGGAUAAUCUAGAGCUAUUCAUGAGCCCGUACUCGUCUCGCCAGAGAGCUAGACCGCGAGACGAUGAGCAUGUUUUCGGAGACUUUGACAAUGUCUCCACGAAGAGUAUCACCCUUCAGCCGUCGAAUGUGGAACUGGAGAACGCAGAGGCACUUUACAUAUCAGUGCAUGCUCGCGAGGACGGUACUACACCAAGACCGCACAAGUUCUCUCUAGCCUUCAAGUCUGUCGACAAGCAUUUGAACGGGUCUGCAGCAAACCCUGUCUCGCUUGACGACGAUACUGAGAUGCACAACCCUGAUGAAGAGCAGUGUAAGAAUUGUCAUCAGUGGGCACCAAAGCGCACGAUGAUGUUGCAUGAGAACUUCUGUCUUCGUAACAACAUCCUCUGUCCUCAUUGUGAAAAUGUCUUCCAGAAGAAGUCCCAGGAAUGGGAAAACCACUGGCACUGUCCCUUCGACUCUACGUACGGCAAUACGCCAGGUAGUAAAGCCGCUCACGAUUCUAUCGUGCACAGCUCUCGACAAUGUCCCAACUGCCCUUACGAAGCCACAAACCUCAGAGAUCUUGCUUCGCACAGGACGUCAGUGACUACAGAUUGUCACCUCUGCUCGAAGAUCAUUCGCCUUCGAGACAUGGCAACACAUUUGAAGCAUCAUGAACUUGAGAAAGUCAACAAGUCCAAGCCCGCAAUAUGUCGAAACAUCAACUGUGGCAGGACUCUUCACGGAGUAGGCAAGAGUGGAGAGAUCGGAGCAGGGAGCCGCAUGGGACAGGGACCUGGGAACGACCUUGGGCUAUGCAGCAUCUGCUUUGGGCCACUCUAUGUGAGCAUGCAUGACCCAGAGGGCAAGGCUAUGAGAAGACGAGUAGAACGUCGGUACAUUUCUCAGGUCAUCACGGGCUGCGGCAAGAAGUGGUGCCAGAACGAGUAUUGCAAGACCGCAAAAGCUCGGACUGGGAAUGGUGUUUCGGCGACCACAACACUGGAAGCCGCUCCAAAAGUGAGACAUCUCAUGGACUCACUUCCCAACAAGGCUUCACCUAUGUAUUUCUGUGUGGAUGAGGGCAGUCAGAAGAGGCGUGGUUUGGCGGAACUCAUUGCGGCCGAGAAGAUUUAUGAGUUGGAGUGGUGUGUUGCUGCUUGCGAGGCAGAGACAGGACAUCUCGAUCAAGCUCGUACAUGGCUUCAGAAUUGGGCACCGAAAAGGAAGUAAGUGGCAUUGGGUCUGGGACAGGAUUUUUGUGGGUGCAUAGCGACAGGCGUUUAGGAUAGCGAUAGAUUGCUGCAUUUACAUAGCAUGAGAGAG